UAAGCACGUUUCAAAACAGGGGUAAAAAAGUGGCUAGUGCAAAUUUUAACCCCCAGCUGUCGCUGAGAGACACAACCAGGAACCCUUUUGUAUUGGUGUUAGGCCAUGUUGAUGUAUGUAUGGUGGGUUCACUGUUCAACAAAAACAACUAUUUACGAAAAUGCUAAUCGAAGUGGACGAUCCUCGAACGGUCACAGUGAUGGGACUCCUGCAACAUUGUAAUUCAUCUGAACUGAAAGAACUUUUAAACGAAGACGCCCGCUUAGAGUUUAUCAUUCGCGAUUCUCAGUUGGUCAAGCAACAAGAAGGAGAAAAAGAUAUGCUACUAGCAAGCAACAAAUCUUUAGCUGAAUACAACUUAACUUGGGAACCUAAGAUUAGUUCUAGAAAGCAGAAAUUAGUUGAACUCUAUCAGAUUGGCUCUCAGCUUGAAAGAAGUCAAGAAGAAAAAGAAAAGCGGAUGGAAGAGCAAGGUGAUAGUAUCACACUUGACACAGCAAUUGGUUUACUUCAAUCUGCCACACUACAAGCUGAAGAAGAGUCUGAACAACUGGCUGAUAAAUUUCUUGAUAGAGCUUUGGAUGUUGAUACAUUUGUUGAGGAAUUUCAACAGAGACGCAAGAUGGCUCAUCUACGCAAAGUCAAGGCUGAUAAAAUGAAAGAACUUGUUGCCAAACAAAAGCAUUCUGCUCAUCAACAUGGCAUUUCAACCCACAUAAGGCCAGCCCCACCUCUUCCAAGCUAUGUCACUCAUUCUUCAAGUGCCAAUCCUCCACCUUACCCUAUCCAGAAUGCUCCAGGAAACCUUCCCUAUCCAAUCUUCCCCCCAAACAAUGCUUCUAGUAUGCCCUACCCUAUCUAUCCAAAUUGUAAUGUAUAUGACCCCAGGAUGUAAAUUGGAAACAUCCUGCUACAGUGUAAUUCAAGGUUUACAAUAUUUGAAGCAGUCUUCACUUUUUUCUUGUCUUGUAUUUAAAGGCCUACAAACAUUAAUAGUGAGUUCAACUGUACACAAACCAAAAAACUUUAUGGCCUCUUGUAAUUUUCUUUUAUUACAUCAUAAUUAGGUUUUCCUAGCAUGUGGAGCCCAGCCAAAAUCAUGAUGCUUAAUAAAACAAAUGCAAUAGCAUUGUCUGAUUUUUUAAA